CGAUGAAAUUGAAAAUUAAUUACGAUGAUCAGAACGAAAUACAAAUUAUAGGAUACGAUUAUAAAUCAUCAUUAAAUCAAGAUAUGUUAGAAUCUGACUUGAUAAUAAGUCAUGCUGGAUCAGGAUCAAUCUUAGAAUCACUUCGAUUAAAUAAACCUUUAAUAGUGGUGAUAAAUGAAAAUUUAAUGAAUAAUCACCAAGCAGAACUCGCUAUAGAACUUGAAAGUAAAGGAUAUCUUGUCUAUAGCUCCAUCAGUAAUUUAUUAGAAAUUUUAAAAUCUAAAGCUUACGAGAAUUUGAUUUCAUUCCCGGAAUCCGAUGCUACAAUUUUUGCUAAUAUUUUAAACGAGGAGAUGGGUAUAUGA